AGGAACCACGUGAUUUGCGCGCGCAUUUCGGCUAGUGUUAAUUCCCGCCAAAGGAUGAUAAUAAAUCGAGUGAAUGGUGUUCGUUUUCCCGAAUUUUUAUUGUCGUUUAUUAACUAAUAUAUAACUCAAGAUAUUAUGAGAAGAUUGUUUAAUUGAAAAAAUAAAAAAUAAAUAAAGAUAUAAUUAUGGCCCCAGCAGUUUUGAUGAGAAAAUUGAAGAAAGCUGUUUCAGAAGAAGAUCGCUUGGCUAUAUAUAGAUUUUUAAAAGGCAACAAAAAUUUGUCACCGGUUUUAUAUAAUGAAAAGACCAUUCAACCCUUAAUAUCAUUUCUGUUAAAAGAUAUUACUUUUUCAAGUAAAAAUCAAACACUACAGUUGGAAGCCCUUUGUGUCUUAGAAAUUGUUUUGUCGUAUGAUCAGAUUUCAGAGUCAUUGAAAAGUAAUACAUCUCAGGAAAUACUUAUAAGUCUUUUAGAUCAACUAAAAGAGAUCACAGAGGAAAAUGUUUGUGCAGAAUUUAUUUCUUGUUUGACAGUUUUGAUAUCACACAUUUCUGCUGAUAUUUUAAAUGAAAAGUUACCAGAAUUAUUUGAAUUAUUAGAAAAAUGGUUAAAAGAUCAUCAUCAGCAUUUAAUUAUAUGUCAAAUUUGUCAUCUGAUUCAUAGGUUAGUAAUGGAUUGUGCAGAUGUCAUGAUCCCACAUGUAACUACUUGGUCAAAAUGGAUUUUAAUGCCAGUUUGUCAUCAAAAUAAUCAAGUUCGUGAAAUUGCAAUGAAGAAUUUAGAGCUUUGUGUCCCAAUAUUUAUGAUGACUGAAAAAACUGUAUUGCCAAUUGUAGUGUCUGAAGUAAAAACGAAUAUUGUGAAAGAAAUGAGUGUACUGUAUAAUGUUGACAAGUUUUAUGUUUUGAAACUUUGGGGAAAUAUUAUUACAGUCUUAGGAAAGAUCUUGCACAAAGGAAGUUCAUUUAUUAAUUCACUCUUAGAAAUCAUUGAGAAAGCCUUUAAAUCUGAAGAAGAAUACAUUCAUGCCGAAGCGUUGUGCACAUGGCAGAAUCUUAUAAAUAAUUUCAGCACAGAUUUAGAAAUUAUGGCUAAUCACAAAAGAUUAAAAUUGCUUCUGCAACCAUUAAAACUGAACAAGAUGUCAACAGAAAGAAUUGCUGUAAUAAAAUGUCAAACUUGGUGGCAUUUGAUAUGGCAGCUUGAUAGUAAAUUAUUUCCUAAUUUUGAAAUGGUAUGUAUUCCUUUGCUACAGUUUGCUUUUGCAUCAUAUCUUAAAGAUACUGAUACAAAUACCCCAUUAUCUCCUGCAUUGACAAGAUCAGGAAAGAAAAAUGAUCGUUCAUCUUUAGGCCCUAAGAAUGAACAAGUACAAAAACUUGGAUAUGAAAUUCUUAUUCGUUUACUGGAGCCAUCAAAGAAAGGAUCUUCAGGAGGCUUAAACAGUCCAAAAAUAGUUCCGAAUAUAAGUUUAUUGCCAUUGAAGUCAUCUUUACCAAAUUCAGUCUAUAUUCAAAAUAUUCAUAUUCUAAUCCAUGCAACAAAAGUUGCUCUCUGUAAUUUUGGAUAUAAUUCAACUUAUGUUCAUUUUAAUUAUUACAUUGUAAAGUUAUUAACUGUUCGAACACUGUCAAUAACAGAAGACAAAAGUAAAAUGGCACAAGAUGCUGUGGUUCAAUAUUUACAGUUCCUUUCAAAUAUUGUAGUGAAUAAAUACUUUAAUUCCAAUCAAAAUCUUAAAUUUUUAGAUGAUGUUUCACUUUUUCCCAAAGAAAUUUUAACAACAUAUCAGUGUAAUAUAGAAUAUGGACAUAUUAAAUAUAAUGUACCUUUGAUGGCAUUUUUGUCACUCAUGUUAGGAACAGAUAUAAUAGCACCAUUACAUUCAUCAGAUAAAUAUUUAACUAUAUUCAGCCGCUUUUUAUCAUAUAUUCGUGACAUGCCAUGUCCUCUAAAAUACUUUACUUCGGUUAUGGAAAUGUUGUCUUCGGCAUCAAAUCCAGAAAUACAAUAUAAAAUAUGGUCACAAAUAUGUGUUGAACUUCUAGAAAUCAUUCAAAAGACACAAGAAGUUAAUCAGGGAAGUGGUUCAUCUUAUGAUUUUACAUGCUUUUUAAUGGUAUUUUCUUAUCCACUAAACCAUUUUAUAACAUGCAAUUUACUUCAGGCUUGUGAAAAACAAUUAUGGAAAAAUUGGUGUGACUUGUAUAAAGCCUUUGUAAGAUGUGCUACUUUAGUACAGUCUGCACAAUCAAAUAUAUCUUGUGAAUUAGUAUGCAGAAAGAUAAGAGAAAUAAUUCCUGAAGAAAUGUUACAGAUGCUUCAUGUCUUAACAAUUAUGUGCCAAUUGAUAGAAACAAUUAUAGAUUCAUUUGAUUAUAAUUCUUGGGGGAAAGAUUUCUCAGUUCUAACAAGUUGGGAAGAGAAAAAUGAAAAGCCAUUGCAUAAUAUGACUUCUUGUGUUUUGAUAAUUGAAAAACUGCUGUCUGCAAUUCCAAAAUUAAUUGAAGUAAAUCAAGAUAAUGAGAAAGGAAGGGAAAGGAAUAAACAAGUAAUUACUUGUGCAAAUAAUCUGCUAGAAAUAGUCAAAAAACUAGUCACUAAUAUCAGCUCCUCUAGUCUCCUGAUAACUUUGUUCUGCAGAUUAGCACCAUUUUUAAUUCCAUUUUUUAAGUUUGGAAGAAAGGAUCAUGUUUAUGAGAAAAUAAGUAACACACAAUUUUUUAAUUCUUUGGAGUCAUUUUGGACAAACUGUUUAUUAUCUCUUCAGCUUCAUUAUUCUGGUCCCUAUGAUACAGAAAUUCUCACUUCUAUUGCCCCUUUGUUGGAAGUGUGUUUCUUUCACAUGCGACAAAGCAUUGUGGAUCGUACACGUCAAUUUUGGUAUUUGACAUUUGGAUGUAAUCUCAGUAGUAUCACUUUACCUACUGAUUUUAGAAAUGCAAUCAAAAAGUUGAAACCAGCACUUAUUCCCAAUAUUAGUUCUGUCAAGGAAAUGAGCAAUUCAAUAAGUGAGGAUUCAGUUGAAAUUCCAAUGCAUGUUUCAUUUAAUGCGGAAAAUAACACACCGAUGAAAAGUCCAUCAACCAAAACAAUGAAUGGAAACCAACAAAAAUCUGUUCUGCCUAAUAAAAAUUCCUCUCCAAAUUGUUUAAAUUCUUUAGAAGAUCUUGAUGAUCAGCAUUUUGUUAGAAUAGAAACACCAGUGAAAAACAAGCAAAUAUUAACUGAACAUCAAAAAGAAGUUAGAAGAAGAAGAAGUUAUGUUCCUGCAAUGUAUAAUGAUCUUUCUCAAGAAACUGCUGGCUUAGACAGUCAGUCAGAUUUUUCUGAAAGAAGCAAUGAACAUUUCUCACUUGGAAACUCAACCAAAUUAAGAAAGCAUCAAGAGAAAAAUAGCAAUGGCAGCAGUCAGCAACCUAUUAUUAUAAUUGAAUCUAUUGAAACAAUACCUUUAUCAUCUGACAGCAUUGAAGCAAUUAACAAUAAUAGUUUAGAUGGCUUAAGAACAUUUAAUUCAAGUCAACAUAGUUCUGUUUCUUUGGAGAUAGAUGAACCUACUUUAAAAUACUCUCAAUCCAGUGAUGUCACCACUUGUCAGAACAAAAUUCUUCCAUCAAUAGAAAAAGACAUAAAACUGAAAUCAUCUCCUGUUAUAGUUUUAGAGGAUUGCUCAUUAAAUAUGAUGACAACACUAAAAGAGAAUAGUCUGAGUUUAUCAAGUCAACCUGUCAUUGAAGAGACUUGUAAUGAAAAUUUGGAAAUUUCUAAAACAUCCAGUUUUGUACAAAAAAUGUUAGUUGUUGAUAAUGAAAAACAAAAUAAAGGACUGAGUCCCUGUAAACAAGGAGUUAUGACAUUAGUAAAAAAUGAUAAAAGGAAUAGUAAUCUUUUUCCCAAAUUGUCUCAGGAAAAUUUAAAAGUUGAAGCAGAAUCUAGUGAUGAUGAGGCCAUUCCAAGUUCACAAGAUUCUCUUAAUAGAUCUGGUUUGUUGUCAUUUAACAAAAGCCAAAAUAGAAAAGAUAUUAGCUUGAAUAAAUCUGCAACAGAAGAAUUUAUUGAUCAAAGUGAUGAUGAAACACCAUCGUUAAAUGAUUCAAAUGAUAAUAUUCAUUCUGAAAACAGUAGGAACAGUCAGUCCUUACAUUUACAUAUUUUAAAUAAUGAAUCAAAAAGUAUAACAGAUACACCUCAAGAACAUUCAGAACAUGAAAGUGUAAAGUCAUCAUCAUCACUAGAAGAUUCAUCUUCUGAAAGUGUGAACAUAAUAUCUGCUGUAGAUAAUUCAAAAGUAAUUGUUGAUUUAACAAAUAUUGAUGACAGUACUGGAAGCAAUUCUAAUCAUACAGAUAGUCAAAGUAAAGGAGAAAAUGUAAAUUCUUCUCAGUCAGAAAUUGAAUCUGAAAAUUUAGAAGAACAACAAAUUCAAGAAGAAUUUGAAUCACAAGAUUCACUCCAAAAUAAUAAUGAUGAAAAUUAUUCCCAGAGUAGCAACAGUUACAAUGAAAGUUGUGAUGACUCACUUGAAGUUGAUAGGUGUUUAUUUUAUAAUUCAGAAGCUAAAAGACGGAAAUCUCAACGUAAACUAAUGCCAACCAGAAGAGUAGUAGAAUCUUUGUUACAUUUCGAACUUUCGGGAAAUAAUAGUAUAGAUAGUGUAAAUUAUAAGGAGCUUCUUAAAUGUAAAGGAACAUUUUCUCCUACUAGCAAGAAGUUUCGCUAUUCUUCUAAUUUCUUAGAUCAACAACAAAAUUGUAUUUUUUCAAAAACAAAAAGAGGAAAUGUAAGUUGCCCAUUAUCCUCUGAUAACUCUCCAAUGUUAACUCACAUAUUAUCUUUGGAAUCUAAAGAACAAGCUCUGAAUGAUCUUUUAACAAAGCCUUUAAGUGAUUCUAUUUUGAAAAAGACAAAUGAUACAAUAGUAUGUGAUUCAGGUGAUAUAAAUGAUGAGUUUUCAGUUCCGUUAAAAGAUAAAAAUUUAUCUUUACCAGAAAUAUCAAAUAAGUCAUGUACAAGUGAAAAUAUGUUGGAAAAAGACAGAGCCAUAUUUUCUAGUAAUCAAGCAAAUAGUCAAAGUAUUGAGCAUUCUGAUAAGCUAAGUAAUAAUUUUCAGAAAAUAAAUGAUGGACCCAAAUUAUCUGAAUUGGAAAAGAAUAAAACUUCAUUACAAGAAGAAUUAGAACAAACUCCUGAAUUGAAGAAAACUGUAGAAACUGUAUCAACAAGUAGUAAACGGAAUUUGCGACCAAAGGUUGAUAAAGCUGGAAAACUAAAAAGUAUUGAAUUAGAAAAAUUAUUUUUAGAAAAAGAUCGGAGAAGUUCUUCAGAAGAAAGCUUUCAUGAAAAGGAACAGAGUAAUGUUGAAACAAAACAGAACUUGAGAAUUGCAAAGGAUGAUAAACCAAAAGGUGCUCAGAGACGUAAAAUGAAAACCACAAAUAUGACAUCAUCAAUAGUUUCCAGAUUACGAACAAGAAGUACAUUAGCUAAACAACGAGCAAUACAAAAACCUCGAAUGAAAGGUAGACCUAAGUCAAGGAAUGGAAUUACUCAUCGGCAUAAACCCAAACGGUAUUCAAAUGUUCUGGUAAAGUCUCUAAAAUCAUCAGUAAAAGAUGACGAUAAGAUUUCCACAGAAUGUGAAGACGAGAAAGAGAAUAAUAAUUGUGCGGAAAUAGAAACCACAAAGUCAAAUGAUGAAACAAAAGAAGUAGAAUUUACAAAAGUGGAUAAUGAUUCUUCAAUUCAAGAAAAAGAAUCAGAUCAAAAAGUAUUAACAGAGAAUGAAUCUCCUAAAGAACAACAAAUGAUUAAAAACAUUAGAUCUGAUUCUCCAAGAAAACGUUGUGCCAUGGAAAUUAGACAGUAUCACAAAAAACCUAAAACAACUCUUAAUCUUUUAAUAUCUCCUUUAUCAAGAAGUCAAAAAAUAUUAAGGGCAGCCAUUGGAAAUUUCACUUCUCAAGAAAGAGGAAUGCCAUGGAAAUCAAGUAAAUCUGUCACUUCACCUAGUAAGUCAAAGCCAACUGCCAGCAAUCAAGAUUCAUCUCCAGAUCAGUCUAAAAGUCAUUCACCUUGGGUUAAGCAUAGCUAUUCUCCUUCAGCAUCUCCUACUGCUGGAAUUUUGAAAAGAAAGCAAAUGAAUGAUGAAUGCAAUAAUUCUUUGUCUCCACCACAGAAACAAAGAAAAGUAUCAUUUGCUGAUCCUUUAGUUGAGUAUGAAAUUCCAAUAGAGAAUUGUUAUGCAUGCAAAGUGCCCCAGAAAAAUGUCAGCCGCUGUCUGGAGAUGACCAAAGGUGCCAAGCAGGCUCUUUCUUCUAUUCAAGCAGCUGAAUUAGAAAAGAAUUUAUUAUCAUCAGAAUCUUCACCAUACUUUUCUGAAGAAUAUCAGAAUACACCAUUAUCUCUGUAUGACUCAGAAGAGAAAGUUUUUCCAGCUCUAAGCAAUUGUUCAGAUCCUGUAGAUAGUAUAUUGCCAUUCCUGACUUGUUCUAUAUGGCCUCGUGGACUUGGUCAGUUGGUUCAUGCUCGUAACAUCUGUACCAUUGGAGAUCUUUGUUCUCUCACUAUAGCUGAAAUGUUGGCACUUCCCAUUAAGUCUCCAAAACUGGAAACUGCAAGAAAAGUACUUCAGCACUAUUAUGAAAAAUUCCAUAAAGAUUUAGAAAGAAAUCUUUCAAGAAGUAUAAUUUCUCAAGAAGUUAAUGAUGAAAAUACAUCAAAAAAUUCAUUAAAUGCCUCUGUCUCAGAACUAGAUGAUGAUGUAUUACUAGAAGAAUGCUUACUUUCAAAUGAUCGGGAUGAUUUUUUGAAUGAAGAUAAAUUACUAAAUAACGACCAUGAUUUAAUAGAUGAAGAGAGAUUAUUAAAUGAUCAGAAAGAAUUAUUAGAUGAAAAUGAAGAGUUCUCAAACCAUCAGGAAUUAGCUUUGGCUGAAUUAAACAAACUUCAAAGCUCAUUAAUAAAAGAAAACUAUCAAAAUGAUAAGGAAACAUUAUUAGAUGAAAAAAAUUUAGAAAGUAUUCAGGAAUUUAAUGUGUUUUCUGAAGAAGAAAGCAAAGUUCAAAGUGAUCAAGUGUCAUUAGAUGAACAAAAUAAUUGCAGUCGGGAAUACAGUGUAUCAGAUAAUGGGCUGAUAUCAGAAGAGGAAAGUAAGAUACAAGAUCAAGAAAUAUCAUUGGAUACAGGAAAUAUGAACACCCAAGAAUUUAAUGUAUCAUUAGAAGAGGAAAAUAAUUUUAAAGAUGACCAAGAAAUAUCAUUGAAUACAGGAAAUAUGAACACCCAAGAAUUUAAUGUAUCAUUAGAAGAGGAAAAUAAUUUUAAAGAUGACCAAGAAAUAUCAUUAAAUGAAAAAACUGAACAAGCUCAAGAAGAAUUUGGCAUAUUAUCUGAACAGGAAAGUAGUCUUAAAUGUGAUCAAGAAGCAUUCCUUAAAAGAGAAAAUAACCACACUCAAGAGUUUAGUGUUUUAUUGGAAAAAGAAAAUAAAUUUGAAAACAACCAUGAAAUAUUAAAUGAAGUAGAGAAAUUUACUCAAAAAUUCAACACAUCAGAAGAUGAAGUUAAACUUCAAAAUGCUCAAGAAACAACAUUAGAUAAAGAAAAUGAAUAUAGUCAAGAAUUACAUAUGUUGUCUGAGGAAGGAAGGGAGUUUCAAAAUGAUGAGGAAUUACCAUUAGAGGAUAACAUACAAACACGGGAUUUUGGUGUAUCAUUGGACAAAGAAAGCCAGUUUGAGAAUGAUUGCAAAGCAUUUUCAAAUGAGGUAGUAAGUAAAUUUUCUGUUAUUGAAGAAAGUAUGGAAUUUGAAACAAAUGAUGAUAAAAUUGGAUCGGAAGUAUCAGAUUCGAGUACUGAAUUUGAAAAUGAUAUAAAUAAGGUAGUAAAAGCAGAAAAGAUUAACAAUUCGCAUCUUAAAAAUAGAGAUGAAUCUAGAGAAAUAGUUGAUGAAUCUAUGCCAAUGGAAUGUUCUAAUGAAGAAGAAAAUUCAUUUAAUAAUGUAGAAGAAAAAUAUGUAGAAGAAAUUAGUAUUUGCUCAAUUAACACAACAGAUAAUAGUAACAAUAAUACAAUUAUGUAUGAAAUUUCUGAUAAUGAUGAUAUUGAAGAUAAACCAAAUAUAGCUUCUACAGAAGAAAUUGAGUCUUUACCCAUUAUAAAUGAAUCUCCUGAUAAAAUUAAGAAUGUUUUUGAAGAAAGACUUCCUUGUAAUUCUGUUAUAAUUAAAACAAUUAAUAAUGUUCCAGUUGAAAGUACAGAAGACUUAAUUAAUGAAAUUUAUCCAAUCAUCAAUGAAUUGAUCAAUAAUGUGGCAGAAAACUGUUUGCAUCAUAUUGAUAUGAAUCAACUAAGUACAAAUAAUGAAUUUGUUGAUAUUACUGAAAAUACGGCACAACAGUCAAAAGAAAUAUGCACAGAUGGUUUUGAUGACAGGGAAAAAGAAUCUGGAAUGAUUUUAGAGAAAUUAAUCAAUGAUGUUGAAAAAGGUAAAAAUUCAUCUGAUACAGAAGAAGAUAUUAAAGUGACAUUGAGUGAAAGUAAUAGUUUUAAUAUUUUAUGUGAAGAAGCAUCAAGUUGUGAAUUAAGUCAAGUGAUAGUGAAAGGAAAUAAAAUGGAAUAUCAGGAUUCUUCUCCAUUACCUGAUAAAAUAUUUAAUAGACCACAUUGUGGUUUGUUAAUAGAAGAAAAUGAAACUUUAUCAUCUGAAGAAGAUAACACUAUUGCUUCAAUUAGUGAAAUGGAAGCAGAAAACAAAGUCCAAUUACCUACAGAAAUGGAAAUGCUCCAAUCAUCAUUCACUCUUGAAAAUUUAAAGAAGUUUCCACUGCUCCAUUUAGUUGGAAUGUUAGAAAAGUUAACAACUGCCAUUCGGUUUAAAUCAGAAGAGAGGGAAGAGUCCGAUACAAGUCACGGCAAUAAUUUCUGUUCAUGAGAACAACAGAAGAUUGAGCCCGUAUAAAAAAUUGUUUCUAAUUUGAAAAUGAGGUUCAAAUGGAUAUUAUGGGACUGACCUAAUUGUUUCACAAGAUGUUUUACGAUAAGCAGCUUGCUUGUGCAUGGUGGUUACAGUGGGAAUGUUUCAAAAGUAGGCCACAAAAUUUAUUUUAUUGGCACCCAGUUAUUUAUGAGAAAAUUUUUAUUUGUAUAAAUAUAAAUUAAAUACUUUAUCUGAUUUGAAUUUAUAAUACACUUUUUAAUUCUUUUUCAUGAAAUAAUUUUUUAAUGAAUAUUUUAAUUAAUAUGUUUUAUAGAUAUUUUUUGUAAUAGUCUUAUCAAGAUUUUGAUAUUAUGAAAAUCUUUGUCUUGAAUAUUUUCAAUGAAAGUAAAAUGGUAAUAUUUCAUUAAUUUGUUUAAAAAUGUUGGGUUAAAUUUUGUCACAUCCUGUCAAAGAAAAUGACUUUUAUUUUAGGUUUACAAAAUUCGUCUAUUGUAUAUUUCAUUUAUUUCAAAUGUUGCUGUGUAUAAGAUAUUCAAAUGUUGUGUAUUAUUUUUGUGAGGUAAAAUUAACUGUGAA